AUGCUGAUAGCUUGGCAAGUCGGCAAGAUGUCGAGCACGGAAGAGUCAGCAGCCCCUGCAGCGGGUCCCUCGGCGACUCCCAAAAAGCCCAUCACGAUUAUUACUAUUGGAAUGGCAGGGUCUGGGAAGACAACGUUUGUCCAGCGAAUCACCUCGUAUCUUCGCUCUACCGCCUCGUCCACAACAGAUGCUCCCCGCCCACCCUAUGUCAUUAAUCUCGACCCAGCCGUAGCCAACGUUCCAUUCGAGGCUAACAUUGAUAUUCGAGACACCGUGGAUUACAAAGAAGUCAUGAAACAGUCCCAACGGCGGUAUUCUCACUUCUCUCAACUUGUUCACGACCAAGUUCGAUCAAGUUCUGUCGCUAGUCGAGAAGAGGUCUCGGAAGUCGACUAUAUCGUCCUCGACACACCUGGGCAAAUUGAAAUUUUUACUUGGUCGGCUUCGGGUGCCAUAUUGACCGACGCGAUGGCUGCAGCAGGUCCUGCGUGCUUGGCCUAUAUCAUCGAUACACCCCGGCAAGUCCCACAUUUCACCCUAUCCAAAACACGUACACUCAUGGGGGUGAUAUUUUACAGUAUUUUAUACAAGACAAGGCUACCCUUUAUCAUCGUAUUCAACAAGACAGACGUCACGCCGCACGAGUUUGCAGUAGAAUGGAUGUCCGACUUUGAAGCUUUUCAAGCUGCCUUGGCCUCGCGCGAGCACCGAGAUGCGGAUGGGGAGCCUACGUAUAUGAGCAGUCUUAUGAACAGCAUGUCUCUUGUUUUGGAUGAAUUUUAUCGCCACUUGAAGCCUGUAGGAGUUUCGUCGGCUACUGGGGCUGGAGUAAAAGACUUCUUCAAGGCUGUGGAUGAGGCGAGGGAGGAAUACGAAAAGAACUAUAAACCCGAACUGGAGAAACUCAAAAAGGAACGAGACGACAAACUCGCAGCGACCAAACAAGACUCGGUCGACCGAUUGAUGAAGGACCUCGCUGUGGACAAGGAACGGGCACAGAGUUCAAACCCCCAUUGGACCGGACGCGAGAACCCGUAUCUUGACAAGUGGGCCGAUGCAGGCGAAGAUGACGAUGACGAGCCUGUGAUCAAUUUCCGGGGCGGUUCGAGGCUGAGAGCUGGGAUCAGUAGGUCCCGGGACGACGGUGAGAUUGACGACGAUGAAAAUAGGGAAUAUGAUGUGGACGAAGAAGAUGAUAUUGUUGAUCGAGAUGAUGACGUCGAUACUGGAAUGCGAGAAAACCUGAAGCGGGCGAGUCGAGGGCAGCAGGGUGGUGUGAGAUGGCCGAGGCCUGGUUAG